AUCGUUAAGGAGCGGAUCGAGUUCGAUUGUGACGAUAAAUGUGGGAGGAAUGUGAAUUACAUUUCCAUGUGGAUUGUGUAUGGCACCCAACGGAGUUAAAACACCCUUUGGAGGUAAACCAUCCUUACCAUGCCUUACACCCUCUUAAGCUCUUAACUGCUAGAUUUCCGGAUUAUUCUGAUGGAAAAUGUCGUCUUUGUGGAAGUAAGAUUGAUGAUAGGUUGUUUUAUCAUUGUUCUUCUUGUAACUUCACCUUGGGUUUGUGUUGUGUUUUACGCCCACCACAACCGUCUCUUCUGAACUUGAAAGCUCAUGAUCACCAACUCACUCUUCUCCCAAGACUCGAUUCUUUUACAUGUAAUGCUUGCGGGCUGAAGGGAGAUCGAAGCCCUUACAUAUGUUUUCAAUGUGGUUUCAUGAUCCAUCAAGAUUGUCUUGGCCCUCCACGCCUCAUAAACAUCAAUCGGCAUGAUCACCGUGUUGUUCGCACUUCUGUUCUUGGUGUCGUGAACUCUGUAUGUGGAGUAUGUCGUCAGAAGGUGGACUGGACUUGUGGAGGUUUUUCUUGUCAGAGGUGCCCCGAUUAUGUCGCUCAUUCGAAAUGUGCUACCAGAGAAGAUGUAUGGAACGGAGAAGAACUCGAAGGAGUACCUGAAGAAAUAGAAGAUAUAGAGCCAUAUGUGGUAAUAGAUGACAAUACAAUACAGCAUUUCAGCCACAAAGAGCAUUACCUAAGGCUCCACGAUAAUGGUCUUCUUUGUGACGACAACAAGCGCUGUUGUGAGUUGCGUUGCAUUUUUCCUAUCAUCUUGAAGAGACUUGGAGCCUCACAAAAAUACUGUUGCUCUCCUUAUUGCGCUAAUGCAAUGAGUGUGAAUUAAGAUGUCUAGCGAGUGGGGUUUCCUUAAAGAUUUCCUGUAACCAUUUCUUUCACAAGUUCAUUUCCAUUAUAAGUUGAUUUCCUUAAUGUAUUAUUUAUCUAAGAAUCUUG